GUCAUGUGACGCAACGCGGAAGUUGUCACGUCUUCUAAAACAAAACUUGACUGUUUUAAGUUUUAUUAGUGAGUAUUUAGUUUAAAAUAUAAUAUUUAGGAAUGUCGUUUUCCCACGAAAAGGACACCAGCUUUCUGGGUGCUAGAAUACCACCUGAAAUCGAGUCGAUGUCAAAUGGCUUGAAGGAUGUGGAGCAAGAGAUGUUCAGAAAAUUACUGAAAGUUGUGGUGAAUGCCCUGGAGGGAAAGGACUGCAGAGACACGAUGAAGUCAAUAGCAGACAACAGUGGCCUUCCACAGGAGAAGCUCAGUCACAUUGUAGCUGGAAUGUACAGAUUGUUGUCUGAGGCUAUUCGUAUACCGCAGUCAUUACUUAAACAAGAGGCCUUUAAAGAAGAUCUUCGAGAAGUGAGGAUAGCAGAAGACUUCAUCACAGAUUUCUGCAGUGUGGUGUUUGGAAAUCGCCGUGCAGCUCUAGAAACAGCAACUUCUCAGAGGGAUCCCCACCUGCCUACAAUCGACGAAUUUAAGUGGAGAGUGGAUGUGGCCAUUUCUACAAGCUCGUUGGCCAGAGCACUGCAGCCGUCUGUCUUGAUGCGGAUGAAAAUGUCAGAUGGAAAUUUUCACCAAUUUGAGGUGCCACCUGCUAAAUUCCAGGAAUUGCGCUACAAUGUGGCUCUGAUCCUCAAAGAGAUGAAUGAUCUGGAGAAGAAGAGCAUUCUCAGGAUCCAAGACUGAAAAAACAUUCCAUUAUCAAUGAAAACAUUGAUAGUUAUAAGAAAAGAAAAUCUUAUUUCUGUUUUAGUUUAAAAAAAUUAUCGAGCAGUAAUUUUAUACAUUACCAUUUCAUACUGUACAAAGACAUACCAGCCACAGCAUUAGGUACACCUACAGAAUCCAAUAAGGUACAAUUAAAAAAAUGUAAGGAGUACUUACUGAGUAUGUUUUGGGUACAUGUGUUUAUAUGAGCUCUUUCAGACUGGCUGGUAAUUCAUUUAGCAUCCGUGUGAGAUAGACCAGGCAUCUCUGUGACCGUCUGUCUCGGCGGGGGAGCGGAGACAGGGAUGCAGUCCCAGUCCGAGGUUGGGGGUCAUGGUGCCAUCUGGCGAGAGCAUGUCCGUUACAGCUCUUAUGGUCAAGUUCAAAGUCACUGUUAGAUUUGUUGUUAUUUCAGCAGAGAUCGAUACAGUAGCCAAAUAUUGUAAUCAAGUACUGUUACUGUAGAAUAAUAUGACUCCAGUAAAAUAAAAAGUAGUCCUCCAAAUAUUUACUUGAGUAUGAGUAAGACAGUACUAAGUGGGGGAAAAAAACUACUCAAGUAAAGAGUAACUGGUGAGUAACUUCUGAUUUAAAAUAAUAAUACUCAGACCAUGAACGUCAAAUAAAAUAAAAUGUUAUAAUUUAAAUUGUUCAGUGCCCAGAAACCAAAAACACAUGCAUUUGGCCCGACAGAAACAUUAUUUGCUUUAUUCACUUCGGUGACUGAAUGAAGAAGCUGUUUGCUGACCAGACUUAUUGAUUGUGUGUGUGUGUGUGUGUGUGAGAGUGAGUGAGUGAGUGAGUGUGAGUGUGAUAGCGAAUUUAAGAUUACAGCAUGGCACGUAUCCCCAAGAAGCAUGUUUUACAGUGACUUAUAACCAUUAAAUAGGGCUAAUGUUGCCAGAUGCACUGCCAAAACAGCAAUAGAAAUGUCUGCGAUUUACUGCAAGGUGCUUUCUCAAGUUAGAAGUGAGCUGAAAUAUCCACGUUUGGGCAGACUCUAAACUACACUGCAUCAUAAAAUUGUUGUUUUUCGGAGUUUGUAAACUCCCCCCCCCCCCUCACACACACACACACCAAAUUAGUCAUUUUAAUUGGCCCGCGAAGGCUUUGUGUGCAGUCAUGUGACUGCCUUGUGCCAUCUUACUGGUGAAUUGGAGUCAAAUGACACUAGGGAUCACAUUGGAUUGGUGUAAGAGGGCCCUAUGCGGAAGUCAAAGAUGACGUCUGAAAAUAGAUCGCGCACGCAAUAAUAGAAAAAUAAAAGUCGGAAGCGACGUGUCGAUCAUAGUAAAAGUAUCGAUUCUCCUUAACAUUAAUACUCAAGUAAAAGCAAAAAGUAUGGUCAAUUCAAACUACUCUGACAAAUACAGUUUAUCUAAAAUGUUACUUGAGUAAAUGUAACGCGUUACUACCAACCUCUGUAUUUCAGUGUUUUUUUUAAAUACAGUACACAAACACAGGAAGUAUGUUUACAGCAUCAAGUACAGAAAAAAAGAAAAUAUGUACACAAAGUCAGCCAAGCCCAUAAUUUUCAAUUAUACAUCAUUUUUUCAUCAUCGUGUCCCACACCGGGUGAGAGAGAGCUCUGAGCCGCCACAGUUAAGCCUGCCCCCCGCUGCUUCUCACAUGGCACGGCGAGAGUGCGGAGUGCUGUGAGUCCAAUUUGACAUAAGAGGGGGGCCCUUUUGAGGUCAUCAUCUGCUCCUAUUCAUGUGUAUUGAAGUGACCACGACGUUAAUCGCUGGCGACAAUGAAUGCAAGUGUCACUAGUUCAUCAUCCACGGUUACAUCAAAAAUUACAAAUAUAUUAAAGUGUUGUUGUAAAACAAAAAAUAAAAUAAACUGAGACUAGACAGCUGAGACAAGUUCACUCAAAACCCGGAAAUGCUCUGUUAUCGUUCACAUGAGUUGAGUGGGCGAGUAUAAUGUAGGAAUUUAAUUACCAAAACGACGUCACACUGUUGGCUAAUUCAAAUGUUGUCGUUUGCAAGCGGUUUUGGUGUUCAAAAGCUUUUACAGUCAAACAAUAAACCGCAUAGAUGUCAAUCUUAAACCAUGUCAUCGACUCAUUUUGACCUAUGUUAUCGUACCACUGGACUGUUUGAUAAGAUGCACCAUGGUGAAAAUAUCAAGUUCAUUGGCAUCUGUGUUCUUGCAUGAAAUGAAUCAUUUGUGUCCUCAUUUGUAUAAGUACAUCUCUCUGCUACAGUGCG